GUUUUAAUCUGGUUUUUUUUUGAAGGAGGUUUUAAUUUGUACGCUACCUGCUUUACAUAUGAGUAUUAAUGAUCGGUGCUCUGUGAAAAAUCUGAUGGGUUAUGAGCGAUGAAUAUUUUAAAAGACCUCGUGGAAUUACUCUUUUCCAAUACUUCUUCAUCUUCACAACAAUCUCCUCCCCCUGAUAAUAAUAGCAGUACUUCGGAUAUGGACGGCGUCGUUUCGAACGAGCGCGCUGCGUAUAAGCUUAAAGGCUACUUCGAUCUUGCCAAAGAAGAGAUUGAUAAGGCUGUUAGGGCUGAAGAAUGGGGCUUAUUAGACGACGCCGUUUUGCAUUAUAAUAAAGCUCAGCGUAUUUUGAUCGAAGCUAGUUCUAUUCCCGUGCCCUCCUAUAUCUCUUCUAGCGAGCAGGAGAAAGUGAAAUCUUAUCGUGCGAAGAUAUCAAAGUGGCAGGGGCAUGCUGCUGAAAGAUUACUUGUCCUAAGCCGACGAACAGGUGGCAAAUCAAGUAACAAGGCACAAACUGAAACAGUUAUUCGAACUGCAUCUAGUCCUAGAAAAGUAGCAUCACGAAUUUCUACUGGUCCAAGUGGAAAUAAAUCUAGCAUUAGAAGUGACACAAAGAAAGUCAUAGCUCCGAAACCUGUGCAGGAUAAUGGCUAUGAUGGAAAAUUGGUAGAGAUGAUAGAAUCUGUGAUCGUGGACAGAAGCCCUUCUGUCAACUGGGAAGAUAUUGCUGGUCUUGAAAAGGCUAAGCAAACUUUAUUGGAAAUGGUGAUCCUACCAACGAAGAGAAAAGACCUAUUUACAGGCCUUCGUAGGCCGUCCAGAGGUUUGCUACUCUUUGGUCCGCCCGGUACUGGGAAGACCAUGCUGGCUAAGGCAGUUGCAUCAGAAUCAGAAGCUACCUUUUUCAAUGUUUCUGCUUCGUCACUUACUUCAAAGUGGGUGGGAGAGGGUGAAAAGCUUGUUCGGACCCUUUUCAUGGUUGCUAUUUCCAGGAAGCCAUCUGUAAUAUUUAUUGAUGAAAUUGAUAGUAUUAUGUCAACAAGGACAUCUAGUGAGAAUGAAGCAAGCAGAAGACUGAAGUCGGAAUUCUUAGUUCAAUUUGAUGGGGUGACCUCAAAUCCUGAUGAUCUUGUAAUAGUUAUCGGUGCAACUAAUAAACCUCAGGAAUUGGAUGAUGCAGUGUUGAGGAGAUUGGUGAAAAGAAUUUACAUUCCUUUGCCCGAUGCAAAUGUUCGAAGAAUUCUUCUAAAACACAAGUUGAAAGGCCAACCAUUUUCCUUGCCCGAUGGAGACCUAGAGAGGCUUGUGAAGGAGACAGAAGGUUAUUCUGGAAGUGAUUUGCAAGCCUUGUGUGAGGAAGCUGCGAUGAUGCCAAUCAGAGAGCUCGGUUCGAAGAUUCUCACUGUCAAAGCAAACCAGGUGAGACGCUUAAAGUACUCCGAUUUUAAGAGUGCCAUGACUGUAAUAAGGCCCAGCCUUCAGAAAAGCAAGUGGGAAGAGCUUGAAGAAUGGAACAAAAAUUUUGGAUCUAACUAAGAGCAUUGGUAAAGUUUUAAAAUUAAUCACGCAAAUGAUUCUUACAACAUUCAGGAUUAAAGCAGACAGGAUAAUGGGCCAAAAGAUGCAUAUUACAGCUUCAGUGGGGGACCUGAGUUUUUGCAUGUAUGUAUUAAGUUUGGCUUGAAAAAAAUAAACCGAUGUAAAUAUUACUGGUAUGUAAGCUUAGACAAAGGCAGAGUAAAGGGAAAAGUGAAGAUCAGAUUA